AUGAAGCCUACCCAGAUCCUCAGCGGCGGAGCCGCGCCUCUCCCCAUCGGCAAGUACGGCCACUACCUCGGUCACUUUGGUCACUUUGGUGGUCAACCCCAGAAGGGCAUCAUUACCUACGGUCUAUCCGCCAACCGACAGAACCCUUUGGCCCACACUGCCCAUGACGCCGUCUUCAACAUCUGGAGGCGCUUCUACGGCCAGGUUUUCUUCUGGCUCCCUGCCGGUAUCGCUGGUUACUACAUCCUUGACUGGGCGAACCACAGGAACCAUUACCUCAACUCCAAGGCUGGCCGUGCCGAGUUUGCGGAUUCGGAAGAGGAGUAA